AUGUACAUACUCCCGACGCUGGCGAUAUUGCAACGUUCCCUACUACAUCGUUUUUCACUGAGAUCAGUCAUGACCACGUCGGUACCGCUGAUUUCCAGGAAGGACUUGACAUACCUUAGGCAAAACGAAGCCUCGAAAAUCGACGAGGAACUCUUUUCGAAGUAUGGCUUCAAAGUCGAACAAUUGAUGGAACUAGCCGGAUUAGCAUGUGCUAAAGCUGUUCAUGCUCAGUAUUCAAAAGGGAAAACACUUGUGUUGUGUGGCCCUGGUAACAACGGUGGUGAUGGAUUUGUAUGCGCUCGGCAUCUGCAACAGUUCGUGGGUUUCAAUUUUGCUUCUUUUUCAUAUUCAAAACUCUUCGUUUCCAACUUUCCUUUUCUUUUUUUUCCAUUAAAAAAUCGUUCGGUCCAAUGUUGGAUAGUGUUUCUCCGACGUUCAAAAGACGUUGUGUUAGAGAGUAAAACGAAAAUCUUCUGUGGAGGCUUAUCACAUCAUUUGCGUCACUGGCUUUUUAGUAACCCUCUUGGUAACGUGAAUCAUUGA